CAACCUACGAGGCCCCCGCCAUGACCCAUUCCGGCCUCCUGCAAUGACCGCCAAGCGGGCCGCGAUGCCACAAGAAGCGGCAGGCACUCGAGCCUGCUCGAUGUGCAGAUCGGUGUGCCUUGUCAAGCUCCUUGGCCCUGGCUCAGGCUGUGGCGGCACUCAUAGAAGAAUAAUAAUAGUGCAGUACCGGCAGCCCGUACACAUAGCAACGUGAGCCACAAAUCCAUACCCUGCUAACUGCAUAGUUGUUCUUGUCCCGAAGUUUCCAUCAGACCCGAGCCACACUGCACUGCACAACCCGUUGGUUCUCUUCCGAUCUUAACUUUGUUCUUACCACAACCACACUACCUAUGAAGACGCCCAGUCGUCGAUACUAAUGAGAGGGCUGACAUGCCUCCGCGACCAAUACGACCAAAGAACGAACCGUUGAGCUCAGAGAGCAGUGAUAUUGGAGACGGCAAAGGCGGAAAGAGGAAGGCAGUUUCAUCAGCAUGUAUCCCGUGUCGAAAACGCAAAAGCAAGUGCGACGGCAACGUCCCGGCUUGCUCGACGUGCAUUGCAGUAUACCGAACGGAGUGCAGCUACGAUGCGGAUUCGGAUCACCGGCGAAAAGGUGCACUCAAGCGUGACAUUCAAUCUUUACAGCAACAGAACGAUGCUCUGGAUGUGAUUGUCGCAUCUCUGAGGAGCUUGCCAGAGAAUGAGGCCAUUGCAUUACUCCACAAUCUUCGGAGCGAUACAAAUCCCAACGUACUGGCCGAUUCCUUACGAAGCAAUGUACGACUUCCACAUAGCUACGCUCAACAGACUUUGGAGGCAGACUUUGCGCAGCAAAUCACGACGCCUACGAGCGCAACCUCUACAGUACCACCCUCGCUCUCCCGCGAUAACUCUGGAGAGCAAUCCCACAGGGGAAGCGUUUCGUCGAUACCCGAACAGAGCGGUCAAUGGCUGCGAAUACCUCACGAUGCAGAGUUUAUCGAACAUCUGAUGAGUUUAUACCAGUGCUGGAUUCAUCCAUUCUACACGUUCCUGUGCUGGGAUCACUUUACACACGAUAUGAGUCGAGGAAGGACCGAUUACUGCAGCGCGCUGUUAGUCAACGCUGUUCUGGCCUUUGCCUGUCACUACUCUGACCGGGCGCUGGCUCGUACAGACCCCAGCAACCCAUCAACAGCAGGCGACCACUUUUAUGCAGAAGCGAAACGCCUGCUCGACAGCAACGAGACCUCAACGCUAACAACAGUGCAAGCCCUGGGCAUAAUGAGCCUGCGAGAGACAUCGGCUGGGCGAGACAGCGAUGGCUACCGGCUGGCAGGACGGUGUGUGCGCAUGGCGCUCGAGCUCGGACUCCAUCUGUCGGUCAUCAAAGAUGGGAUGAGAGAGCGCGAGGCCGAGGUGCGAAAAGUCACAUUUUGGGCCGUGUUCAACUUGGAAACAACAUGCUCCGUGGCCUUUGGCCGACUUUCGCAGCUACCUCGCUCCGCGGCAGACAUCGACACGCCCGCCGCAAAUGUCCGAUCCGAGACCAUGACUUGGCGACCGUACGAGGACACGAAUCUCCCUCUGAGCGCGAGCGCUGAGCAACCUGCACGAACAAUGCUGUUCAAGGACCAGCUCAGCAAACUUUCAGAGCUUGCCAGCGACAUGGUCAACACCUUCUACGCCCCACGAGAACGCUUCACCAGCCGAAAACUCGCCGCGACGUACGCGCAAUACCAAGCGUGGUAUCAGAAUCUGCCAGACUGCUUUCGUCUGGAGAACACGUCACUUCCUCACGUGCUUGUGCUACACAUGUACUACUAUGGCUGUAUACUUCAUCUGUUCCGACCGUACAUCAGACUCGACCUGCGCGCCGCAAAUCUUUACCCCCGCGACACCUGCACGUUUUGCGCGAACGAAAUAUCAGCGCUCAUGAACGCGCUGCGUGCAAUGUACGGUCUUCGCCGUGUUACCCUCGCCGUUACCAGCCUGCUGCUCUCCGCUUCGACGAUCCACCUUCUCAACCUUCCGUCCGAACAAGCAGCCAACCAUUUAUCGCAAGCGCUGCAUGACCUGGAGUCGAUGUCGGUGAAUCACAAAUUCGCAGCGCGAGCAGCAGAAAUCAUUCUGGCACUUUCCAGCAAAUGGAAUAUUGCUCUUCCUGAAGCCGCGGCCGCGAUUGCAGUCUAUCGAAUGGGCAGUGGCACAGCUUCACCCCCACCGAGUUCAUUCUUCGCCGCGAGCAUACCACGAGAAUUAUCAGGCGGAUCUCAGCGCACUCGCUCGGGCGACAGUGCGAGCAUUGCACCCUCUGCAACACCUCACAGAGAGUCUCCUUUCCUGCCGCCUCAACAGCAGGGCCCGACAUCGGUUCCAUUCUUCUAUUCUGACCCGACCACGCCUCUCGACGAGCGAACAGCACAGGCAGCGUUCUGGACACCUUUCCCGACGCAGGUCAUGCCAAUCGCUCAGCAAGAUCUUGGCCUGGGUGAAUUUUCUGGAUCGGGCGGGCAACAAGUUCACAACUGGGCCAUGUAUGGCGGUACAGGAGCAUCUCAAACGGUCAUGGACAAUCGACAUCACAGCGAUCCUGGGCAGGACCACCAUAUGGGAGAUAUGGACGCUUGGAGUUGGGGUUGAGGGAGAUGCUCAAGGUCUAUUGAGGUAUUCUGGACAUCGAAAUUGCCUGCCACGUUGCGAGUGAGGACCCCUGGCUUGAGCGGCAAGUCCACCACCGAGCCGGCGUGUGCUGGAGUACAGCGGAAGCUGGAAGGAAAUGAAAGGAACAAUGCUCUUCAUCGGUCAAUCUACAGCUGGGGAGCGGGCAUCAGCUUCCGCGGCAUACCGGAAAAGAUCUCAAAAGUCAAAGAGAAGGAUCGAAUAGAGAGUUACUUGGGAUGGACGUGGAUCAUUGCAGUAGCAUGGAAAAUAAAUAAAAGGAGAAGAAAUUUGACUACACGGAGCAACAGGACACUAUCGCAGAGAAGAGGGAGAAGAUCGAGAGCGGACACAGCACAACGAGGACUCCGAGAAUGACAUCAACAAUAGUAAGAGUAAGGAGGACUGGAGCUGGACUCCAGCUCUUACCUGCUCUACAACCCGCAAGCUGAUGGGAUGAGGGGCAAAGUACUCUAUACGCAUUGACGGCGUUCUAUAUCAUGAUGAUCUGGUCUGAAGAAGAAUCGGAGGUCAUUUGCGAAGCAUAUUCUGGGAGGAUUUAUUUUUGAUGGCGAAAUGAUACCAGUGUUUACGAUCGUACCAUAGUGAGAAGCUGAAUUGCAUAGUCAUGACACAACUCUGACAACACACUCUGAUCCCGCAUUUAUUCACAACAGC